CCCCCCCUCUCCUCAUCUCCUCAUCUCCCCAUCCCUCAUCCGAUAGAGGCCGCUUCCCCUCACGCCAUGGACAUCGGCAAAGUCCGACCCGAGGGCGAUGGCGAAGUGGAUGAGUGGCAAGUCAUUGACCAGGUGCUGGGCCAUUUGUCACAGUACAAUGGCAGCCCAGAUGGAAAUGAUGCCGAAGAGGUGUUGCCUUUGAUUGAUGCCUUGCGCAGGGCCAUUGCCAUUGUCCAAGGCCGACCACAAAUGGUUCAAAUGGCAGAAGAAGAGCGGCGGCAACUCUCUUCACAGGCGCAGGCCACGCUUCACGAGUGGCGUCGCCGUUCCCAGGAGCUCGAACAAGUGCAGGCGGAGAACAAGGUCUUGAAGUCUGAACUCCUUCGUGGACGUCAGGCUGUGGACGACGUGCUGCAGCGCCAGGCUGAGUUGCAGAACCGCGUGGAGAUCAUGCGUGAGACGAUCGAGAACAAAAGGAACCAUCUCCGGCACAUCAACAAGACUUGAGACUCUUUGCUUCACAGCACGCGUAGCUGCAAAGGAUGCCGGCCCUUCGAAG